GGAUCCCGAGCCCGAGCCCCGCGCUCGCGCACAGCCCGAGGUCGCGCGCACACGUACACAGACAGCGCUUGAGUGUGAAGGGGAGACUGUUGCAGGACUGCAAACCUUGCGCUCUCUCGGCUGCAGGAGAUGUUGCAAAAACCUAGUCGAAUUCGAUCAGCUCGGGGACAACUUUGAGCUUUUGAUGCUCGAUUGGGAGGGAGUGUGCAGGAGAGGCGAGCGGCUCUGUAGCCCGGUGCAGAUUGGGGUCGCCCGUUCUCGUGGUCUCGUCUCCCUGAGAGGGGGCACCGCUCGGGCUCUGUGGAUGAACACGACCAGGUCGCUUAUUUUAUAGUUGCUCUGGUCUGCGCGUAACUAACGAGUGAUGUACAAAACCAGCAUAAAGUGGAUGCUUCCUGGGAAACACUUGGUGCUGCUUCUGUUAAUGUGCUGCCCACUUUUCGGAGAGAUUUCCACAGAUGAAGGUCACCAGUCUGAUCCAAUUGGCUCCAUUGGAACUGGAGGAGACCAGCACCAUCCUUUGCCUACAGCUGAAGGCUAUUUUCUGACCUUUCUGGCUCCUGUGAACAACAUCACGAUAGUACAAGGCCAGACGGCGACCUUGCACUGCAAAGUUGCAGGGAAACCACUUCCAAACAUAAGAUGGCUGAAAAACGAUGCACCGGUUUUUCAAGAAGCAAGACGGAUUACAAUAAGGAAAACCGAAUACGGUUCCCGACUGCGAAUUCAAGAUCUGGACACAACCGAUACAGGCUACUACCAGUGUGUCGCAUCUAAUGGGAAUAAAACCAUCACAGCUACCGGGGUACUAUAUGUGAAACUUGGUCAGUCUCCUACUCAAAAUCCACAUCACAGUUCACAUGAUGAUGACAAUGAAGAUGGAUUCUGCCAACCAUACAGAGGAAUUGCCUGUGCAAGAUUCAUUGGAAACCAGAGCAUUUAUGUUGAUUCCCUCCAGAUGCAGGGAGAAAUUGAAAACCGAAUUACCGCUGCAUUUACUAUGAUUGGCACUUCAACCCACCUCUCUGAUCAGUGCUCCCAGUUUGCCAUCCCAUCCUUCUGCCACUUUGUGUUCCCACUCUGUAAUGAUAAUUCCCGCAAACCUAAACCACGGGAGUUAUGCCGGGAUGAGUGUGAAGUUCUGGAAAACGAUCUGUGCAAAGCGGAAUACGUCAUUGCAAGGUCAAACCCGCUGAUUCUGAUGCAGCUUCAGUUGCCAAACUGUGAGGACCUGCCACUCCCAGAAAGCCCAGAGGCUGCAAACUGCAUGAGAAUUGGAAUUCCCGUGGAUAGGAUUAACAAAUUUGGCCGCACAGAUCACAACUGCUACAAUGGUAGUGGAGCAGAUUAUAGAGGAACAGUCAGCAUGACCAAAUCGGGAUACAAGUGCCAGUUGUGGAAUUCCCAACACCCCCAUGCUCAUCCCUUCAGCAGCUUGGAAUAUCCGGAGCUUGGAGGUGGCCAUGCAUACUGUCGAAAUCCGGGUGGACAAAUGGAUGGGCCAUGGUGCUACACACAGAGUGAAACUCGUCUUGAGCUCUGUGACAUCCCUGCUUGCCAUCCACGUGAAAAUAGCAAAAUGGAGAUUCUGUACAUCCUUGUUCCGAGCAUUGCCAUUCCAUUGGUCAUUGCUUUGCUGUUUUUCCUAAUCUGCAUGUGCCGAAACAAACACAAGGCAUCAACCCCUUCUCCACAGAGGCGGCAACUGAUGGCAUCUCCCAGCCAGGAUGUGGAGAUGCCGCUCAUUAGUCCUCACAAACAGGGGAAAUUGAAAGAUAUUUGCUUAUCUGCAGUGCGCUUUAUGGAGGAACUUGGGGAGGAUCGGUUUGGGAAGGUGUACAAGGGGCAUCUGUACAGCACGGGACCGGGUGAACAAGCACAAGUUAUAGCUAUUAAAACCAUAAAGGAUAAAAUGGAGGUGUCACUCCGGGAAGAGUUCAAACACGAAGCUUUGAUGCGAUCUCGGUUGCAGCACCCAAACCUCGUCUGUCUGCUGGGCAUAGUGACCAAGGAACAGCCCAUGAGCAUGAUCUUCAGCUACCCUUCCCAGAGUGAUCUUCACGAAUUCCUCGUCAUGCGAUCGCCACACUCCGACGUUGGGAGUAGCGACGACGACAGGACAGUGAAGUCUGCACUGGAGCCCGCGGACUUCCUGCACAUUGUGACUCAGAUAGCAGCUGGCAUGGAAUAUCUGUACAGCCAUCAUGUUGUACACAAGGAUCUGGCUACUCGCAAUAUCUUGGUGUGUGAUAAACUCCACGUAAAGAUAUCCGACCUGGGCAUUUUCAGAGAGGUUUAUUCUGCAGAUUACUACAAGCUGAUGGGCAAUUCACUUCUGCCAAUCCGUUGGAUGCCACCUGAAGCUAUCGUCUAUGGCAAAUUCUCCGUUGAUUCCGACAUAUGGUCUUUCGGGGUCGUGGCAUGGGAAAUAUUUGGCUAUGGCCUGCAACCCUACUGUGGGUAUUCCAAUCAAGAUGUCAUAGAAAUGAUAAGAAACCGCCACGUGCUGACCUGCCCUGAUGAUUGCCCUGCUUGGGUUUACAGUUUGAUGCUGGAGUGUUGGAAUGAAUUUCCAUCAAGACGGCCGCGAUUUAAAGACAUCCAUGCACGCCUCCGAGCAUGGGAGAAUCUAUCCAACUAUAACAGCUCGGCUCCUGCUUCUGGGGGCAGCAAUGCCACACAGACUAGCUCACUCAGCACAAGUCCAGUCAGUAACGUUAGCAAUGCAAGAUACGUGGGACCCAAGCAAAAAGCACAUUUUCCACCACCUCAGUUCAUACCAGUAAAAGGACAGAUGCGGCCAAUGGUCCCACCGCCCCAACUGUACAUUCCAGUCAAUGGCUACCAGCCAAUGCCAGCCUAUGGCGCAUAUUUGCCAAAUUUCUAUCCAAUGCAAAUCCAGAUGCAGAUGCCUCAACAGUUGCCCCCACAGAUGGUGCCAAAGACGGGUUCCCAUAACAGUGGAAGUGGAUCUACAAGCACGGGCUAUGUCACAACAGCACCCUCGAAUGCUUCCGGUACAGAACGCAUUGCUCUGAUCCCAGACCAGUCAAACGGGACAGAGGAUGAGCCUAAUGAGUCCACUGUUGCAGAUGAGGUACCUGCACCCGAGAAUCUCCAAGAAGACGAAAUGUUGGUGCCGGAAACGGAAUUACUUGGCGAUGCUGACCCACCACAAAUUGCUAAUGUAGAAAUGGACACAGAAGCAUGAACCAUUUUGGUCGCCAAAACAAGAAGGGUCUCAGCCUGAAAUGCCGCCUUUCCAUUCCCUUCGCAGAUGCUGCCUUACCCACUGAGUUACUCUGGCACAUUGUGUUUUGCUCAAGAUUGCAACAUCUGCAGUUCCUCGUGUUUCCUAGGCCAUACCCAUUACCAACAUAAUAGUAAGAUAAGAAGAAAUGUGAAACAGCAGUGUUAAAUCUUUUUUUUAAACUUUCCUUUAACAAGAAUAUUUCUGUUCAUUAUUGACAAUGGUUUAAUUAAUCUGUGGCCUAUCUAUUUGUUUUAUGCUGCCCUCAAAGUUGUUAUUGGUAGUAAGAAAGCCCCAAUCCUUGCAAUUUCUAUUCACUAAUUUAACAUUUAGCAUUCAGUUUAGCAUGUGCAAACAGCAGUGGUGGGCAAUAACGCGGACUUGAACGGAUGUGUUCUGAAGGUUUGCAUCUCGACUGAAUAGGCAGUUUUGAUUUUCUACUGUUGCUAUGCAACUUUACACUGUCAAGCAAUAUCUUGUAUUUAUAAAAUAGUAUCCUAGAUGCUGAGACUUUCAACUGCAAUGAAACAUGCUUUAUGAAGUAAAACAUGCCACAUGGGGAAAGGUUACCAACAAAAAAUCUCCAAUUCUAAGGGGAGGUAUUUUUGUUUUAUGUAUUUGUACAUGUGGAUGAUAGUUCCUCCAUUGUCUUGUUAUGAACAUUUUAGUAGAAUGGUGAUAAGGAAAGACAUGUGGAUAUUUUGACAGUAUUGUGAAUCGCAACCCAUGUCUCGGGCUCCUGAUAACAAUCAGCUGACUGAAGUAAAAAAGGCUGCAUGCAAAUAAUUGUAAGGCAUUUACAUGGGCAGAAAAUAAAAAUGAAAUAAGAUUCUGAAAUAUCUUACCAUUUCAUAAAAAAAAGGACUGGUAUGUAGCUAGCUACUGUGGCAUUUGGCAGAGGAGAGCUGCUCUGCUUUAUAGUAACGCUAAGAAGGAAAAAGCUAUAUUCCAAAGCAAACAACACCUCGCUGUAUUGUAUGAACUGAUAAAUGAUGGUUUAACUACCAAAAUCUAUCUUACAAG